UCCUCCUCCUCCGCCGCGGGGACGUACAAAGGCAGGCUGGGGAAGGAAGCAUGGUGCUUGGGUUAUUGUCUUUGGGAGUGAAUCUGGAUUGUUCCAAGGAUUGCACUUGUAGUCUUUUAUUGUAGUGUGACCAGUUAAUUCAGGGAAUAACAUCCCAGAGGAAGAGGAGGAGGAGGAGGAAGAAGAGGUGCGGGCGUUUAUCACGCGCAAAGUAAAAGUGAAUGAUGAUGGUGUGCAGCACGACGCCCCUGUCUCACUGGGGGUCACCCCGCCGCCGGCACGCGUAAAGGGACUCGCGCAGGGAUCUCGUGUAGACCCGGCGAUAAGCAGCGCGCACCCGCCUACCUCCCUCCCUCCUUCUGUCCGUCCGUCCGUCUGCCUUUCUUUCUUUCUUUUUCUCAUUGCAAGACAGAAAUAAGUAGAAAUGGCUCUAAACAGAAGCAUCGAGCUGGAGCACUUCGACGAACGGGACAAGGUUCGGCGCUCGACACGCGCCGCCGGCUCCGGUUCUCAGUCCGGGUCCCGCGCGAGCAGUCUGGUGCCCAGCCCGGCUCAGAGCGCCAACUGCAGCUUCUACCGGACGCGCACUCUCCGCGCGCUCAGCUCCGAGAAGCGUGCGCGUAAGGUGCGCUUUUACCGCAACGGGGACCGCUACUUCAAAGGGCUCGUCUACGCCGUGUCGAACGACCGCUUCCGCUCUCUGGACGCGCUGCUGGCCGAGCUGACGCGCGCUCUCGCCGACAACCUGCACCUGCCGCAGGGCGUCCGCACCAUCUACACGGCGGACGGCAGCAAGAGGGUGACGAGCCUAGACGAGCUGCUGGAAGGGGAGAGCUACGUGUGUGCCUCUAACGAGCCAUACCGCAAAGUGGACUACACUAAGAACGUGAAUCCUAACUGGGGCUCUCGGCUGGCGGGGACAGGCGUGUUGGCCGGAGCAUGUCGUCAGGGUUCGGGCGGUAUCCCGCGGGGACCAGGAGAGGGAAAAGAGAGUAAAGACUUUAUCAAACCCAAGCUGGUGACUGUGAUCCGGAGCGGUGUAAAGCCACGCAAGGCUGUCAGAGUGCUGCUAAAUAAAAAGACGGCUCACUCCUUCGAGCAGGUUCUGGCUGAUAUCACGGAGGCCAUUAAGCUCGACUCUGGAGCCGUGAAAAAGCUGUACACACUAGACGGGAAGCAGCUAACGAGCCUGCAGGACUUUUUCGGCGAUGACGACGUGUUUAUUGCAUGCGGCCUCGAGAAGUUCCGCUACGCUCAGGACGACGCUGCGAUCGGACAUGCUGGGAAAGCAUCAGCCGCUGCCUUCGUUAACGAGUGUAAGAUGAAAUCGUCGAAGUCGUCAGCUCCUGUUAAAUCCACUGCCUGUAGAAACUCUGGAAUUUUUAGGUCAAAAUCACCCGUAUCAGCCGAGGCGAUGAGAAGCCAGAGCCCGACUGCGAGGUCGUCGAUGUCCCCGACAAGCCCAGGAAGUCCCCGCAGCCAAAAGAUCUCCUCCCGACAUGUAUCUCCCUCCCCUCCCCCCUCCGGAGAACUAAAUGGAGAAGAAGACUUGAGCCCAGAAGUAAAUGGAAAUAAGCCGCAGUCCUCCAUCAUCACAGAUAAAUACGAAGUGGGGAAAGUCAUCGGAGAUGGAAACUUCGCAGUGGUUAAGGAGUGCGUCGAGCGGGCCACUGGGCAGGAGUAUGCUCUGAAGAUCAUAGACAAAGCCAAAUGCAGUGGGAAGGAGCAUCUGAUAGCCAACGAGGUGGCGAUAUUGCGCCGGGUUCGGCACCCCAGCAUCAUCCUGUUGAUCGAGGAAGUGGACACACCCACAGAGCUCUACCUGGUCAUGGAGCUUGUUAAGGGAGGAGAUUUGUUCGAUGCCAUCACCUCUUCCACGAAAUACACAGAGAGAGACGCCAGCGCCAUGGUGUACAACCUGACCGGAGCUCUCAAAUACCUGCACCGCAUGAGCAUAGUGCACAGAGACAUUAAACCAGAGAACCUACUGGUGUGUGAAUAUCCUGAUGGUACCAAGUCUCUGAAGUUGGGAGAUUUUGGUCUGGCCACUGUGGUGGAGGGGCCGCUUUAUACUGUGUGUGGAACACCCACCUACGUUGCACCUGAGAUUAUCGCAGAAACAGGGUAUGGUUUAAAAGUUGAUAUCUGGGCAGCUGGUGUGAUCACGUACAUCCUCCUGUGUGGUUUUCCUCCAUUCCGGAGUGAGAGGAACCAGCAGGAGGAGCUGUUUGAACAGAUCUUACGCGGCCGCCUGGAGUUUCCCUCCCCUUACUGGGACAACAUCAGUGCCAGUGCCAAGGAUCUGAUUGGUAAGAUGCUGCAAGUAAACGUGAGUGCACGCUACACGGCAGAAGAGGUCCUGUUCCAUCCGUGGGUCCUGGACGACACCACGCUGGAGAACAAUGUGACAUGCGAGACAUCGAAGGCAGUGAGCACCGAACACACACCGGACACUACUGCGACAGACACACAGCUGGAUGAGCUACAAGGUACGGAGCAAAGCCCAAGGUAGACAACAGGAGGACCAACAGACAAGAAGACCUGUUCGCCCAACAAAACCCAAAGGAAGAUAUAAGAAACAAACGCGUACUAGCUUUUAUUUUAUAGCUACGGGCCAUAUGCAGGGUUGAGUUAAAUCCAUGUAGUACCAUAGCAAGAAACUUGCACCCAAAGACCGUUUGGUCCUUUUUUUUUUUUUUAAUUUAGAAACCUUUUCUUGCUUGUAAAAUUUUUCAUCGUAUUACAAAAGCAAGAGAAACCCCAGUUCCUUCCUUCUUUCCAGUCCUUAUUUUUUAGCCCAAUUUCUUUAAAGGCUUGUGUUUAAACAAGCAGUGUUUAUUUAUUUAAAAAAAAAGAUCCCACUCUGUAUGUGUAUACAAUUACCCAAGUGUGAAUAUAAUGAACUUGACUCUGGAUAUGGUCCAGCGUGAGGAUUUGUCGGGUGAGAUACACCUUCAGCGCUUGAUUCUCGACUAGAUCGACAGUAAAUCCACUGAGCUGUGAUUAAUUCCACCAGACCAGCAAGACCUCUCUCUCUCUCUCUCUCGUUCUCACAUUCUUCUGACCUUGUCCUGUCAGCUCAUACACGCAGCUGAACUAAUGCCUUUCCCCCCGUUAAUUGUCCUGCUACCCUUUUUUUUUUUUUUUUGGAAGAGGUAAAUAAUUAGAGGACUGCAACAAAUUGCACAACAUCAAUAUGGCAAAGACCAACACAAGACCAGAACCUGUAUUCUCCAGUCUCACGCCUAUGAAGGCACCUGAUGCGUGAUAGCUCGCAGCUUCUCCAAACAAACCAGCAACCUCAUUUAUACUCCACGGUGCCAUUCUUUGCCUCUCUUUCUCUAUUUUGUUUUUCCUGUAAAUACUAGUGUCUUGAUGUGAAGAAGAAGAAGAAAAAAAAAGAGAAAUCAUUGCAGUAGAUGAAUCCAUUUCAGUAUACCUAGAAUAAGGGCUGGGCAAUAUGAUGAUAAAAUAUUAAUGGUUUUGUGUUGAAAUUAUAUCACGAUACAACCUUCUGAGAUACCCCAAGUAUCAUGCUAUUUUUUUAAAAGAACGUUUGUAAUUUUUUUUAUGUUAUUUACAUUGGAAGCUGGUUUUAAUUACAUACUAUUUAUGUAUUAUUUGAUAUUUAUUUUGGAUUUUUUUAUAUAUAUAUAUAAUUUAUUAUUACCACACCUUCAAAGUUCG